AUGAUGCGGGACGAUGCCUCGUCAGACCCCGGGAGCAACGCACUCGUGGAGGCGCGGCGACUGCCGCUGCCACUCCCGCCACCGGAGGGCCACACCACCGCGCUCUUCGUCCCGGAAGAAGCGCCGACGCCGGCAAUUGGAACGGCGUUUCCAACGUCCGUGCCCUCCUUGAGAGAUAGUGAAAAACAAAAAACGCCCUUGAGCUUCUCUGGUGCCUCGAGCAUCACAGUUGCCGGGACAGACACUGCGUGGGGGAGGCAGGAGGUUGCAACGCUGCGGGGGGGCCGUGAGUCGUUGCAGUUGGUGCCGCCGGGGGUGGGGCCAACGGCGGGCACGGAUGAUGCGUGUGACGCCGCGGUGCCUCCCAAGGUUCACUCCAGCCGGUUAGAGGGAGAUGGGUUGGCGACGCGGUCUGCGGUGGCUCCACAAGGGCAUGCUUCAGCGCCCAACCCGUUGAUCGGCGCAUCCCAUCCGUGGGGCAGUUGCAGCCAGCUGGGGGAAGCUAGGACGGGUGCGACGCCUCGAACGCAGCUCCCAGAAUUGAUUCCUUACGUUCCUGACAAUGCUCAAGAAGCCCCUCUAGUUUGCCGAGCUGAGACCACUGCCGGCACAGCCUGGCUCUCCUUGACAAUACUCGGCAUGAGUCCACUGCAUCCUAAUACCUCUAUUGUGCACCCGUUUGUGCGAAUCUGGCUGGUGAAUGGGGUGACUGGAAAAAACCUCAUUGAAACUGGCUGUGGCGUGGCCCCGUUUGUCAUGACACACCCCGUUGACCUUCGUCUUCGAGGCACACGGGCGCCGUGGUGGGGGGCUGAGUUUACUUUGCGAGUGGAUUCGCGUGUUGUCCGUGACGUUUCCUGCAAUGCUGUGUUGCUUUUAGAAGUUCUUGAAGUCGGCACAGAAACCAUUCACGGCUUCCCGCUUCAACGCGAUGGACUCUACCCAAUUUGCUGGGGGUUUCUGAAGCUGCAUGACGUGCAUGGACGGUUGAAUGCAAGGGACCGGUUACAACUGCAGAUGUUUCCCUUCCCACAGCGCGCCUCCUUUUUUACGAAGCUGAGGCAGAUGCUACCCUCGUUUUGUUUUCCCAUCUCCUCCGCUUUUGCAACUGAGGACGUCUGGACGGAGGCGGAGAAUGCUCCACCUUCAGGGGCAAACUCAUUCCAAGCUGUUUCUGACGCGGCAAACGACUUUUCCUUCGUAAAUGUGAGUCCGCCAGAAAUAUUCUUUGUCUAUCGCAACUCCUGCAAUCGCAAAGUGCCAUAUUCUGCCGGAAUGCUUAUCUCCCUAAAGGAGGUCAAAAAGGAUGGCCACCACCCAAGGGAAACACCUAUUUUUCCGUACGAGGAAUAUUUAAUGGCCCAGAUGUCUGUGCCUGAGGAGUUCCGGCCCAACAGUUUAGUCAGUGUGUCGCUUUCGCGCCCGCGAAUGCGACGGGCGCGGGGUGCGUCGCCGAGUUUAAUUAAUGCAACAGCUCUUUCAAAGUGUUACCUUCGGGAGAAUGACGAGCGCGUUGUGCCGCCGACUGCGUUGCUGCAGCGAGUCCAAAUUAGGGGAAGAGUUUCAUGUGUCGCAUUUGCGGGCGGCAGCGCCGUACUAGCAAUGGGAGUGUCGGUCGGGCUUGAACACCUGGUUCAGUUGCGGCACUUGUUUAUGCCUGAGCUUCCCGUCGUUGGCGUCUUCCGCGGCCACGUCGGACACAUUCAUCACGUAGCGUUUUCUGACGACAGCAAGCUGCUGUUGUCUUGCUCCUCGGAUAAGACGGUGCGGGUGUGGCGCUGUGAUGUUCCGUUCUGCCAUGUGGAAACAAGCACUGAAGGCUUGAGCAAUUGCCUCGGCACACUCCCUCACAGUUUCCCGGUGUACAAUGGCAUUUUCUACCGGAGACACAUUAUUACUUGCGGCUACGAUCCACGCAUGUUUGUCUGGGCCUACGCUAACGACCUUUCAGAGAGGUCUGCGGAACUGGCUCUCGAUGCCGCCUCACGUCAGACUUUACGAGAAACUAGGGGCACCCGUCGUGGAUCUUCGAUGUCAGGCACGGCUUCUGCGUCUUUCUCCGACACGGAUCCGGCUUGUGGCCAACUCGUGCAUGUGACUUCUGGAGAGGAUGGGGCAAUUAUACGUUCCGUUUGCGCUGCGCAGCGCAAUCGCGUCUGGUCUGUGGAUGCGUUAGGCAACGUGUUGGUGUGGCGUGUCUCGGACGAGGACACGAACGACGCCCAACGUGUAUGGCAGAUGUCGGUUAGGCACCGACUUAAAUGCAAAGGUGCUAUAAGCGUAGAGGCGCAUGGGGGUCGCGUGUUGGUGAAGUGCGCCAGCGUUCCGGUGGCUUAUUUAUUUAAUGCCUCAAACUAUCAGCUGAUGCACGAAGUGGCGCUUCAUCAAAGGCCGUAUGUGCCGGCCCUCACGCUGCUGCCAGACGGAGAGGCCGUUGUGGCAGCGACGAGCGACGGUAAACUGCUGUCGUGGGAAUGCGUUUCUGGCACACUCUGCACAGCAAGAGAUGGCUACGGAAGGGUUCAGGUAAACUUUUCGAUUGGAGCCAUUGUGUGGUCGGGCGACCAGCAGCUGUGCGUCAUCCUGGGCACCGAAGCCGGUGUUGGGUACGUCAGUAACGACACCGACGCGCGCAUGACAUGUGUUGCCGUCGUCGGGACGCCACGGACGGCGGAGAGCGUCAUCCUUCGUGGGGAUGCGCGUGCCCCGGACUACUUCCGCGCCCGCUUCGGGGGUGAGUUGACAGCCCGGCAAAGGAGUCGAAGGCUUACAAGAGACGACUCUGCCGCCGCCGCUGCGACGACGUCUGGGAACGGAAGAUUUUCGCACGUCAGUCUGGCACCGGAUGAAAAUAUGUCAGGAGAUAAAGGAUCACGCAUGGGUCAAAUUAUCGCCCUGUGGAAAGGCCUUGUUGGCCAGCAUCGCCACCUCAAACGGCGAGACGUGGGCGAAGCUCAGUCGCACCCCGCGGAGGUAUACAUUGUGGAUGAUAGAUGA